AUGUCUAACCAAGGAGUUCGGCGGAAUGGCCCGGUGAAGCUGCGACUAACAGUCCUCUGUGCCAAAAACCUGGUGAAGAAGGACUUCUUCCGCCUCCCCGAUCCCUUUGCCAAGGUGGUUGUGGACGGCUCGGGGCAAUGCCACUCUACAGACACUGUGAGGAACACACUUGACCCCAAGUGGAAUCAACACUACGACCUAUACAUUGGAAAAUCAGACUCCAUCACCAUCAGUGUGUGGAAUCACAAGAAGAUUCACAAGAAGCAAGGGGCCGGGUUCCUGGGCUGUGUCCGCCUUCUGUCCAACGCCAUCAACCGCCUUAAAGACACAGGCUACCAGAGACUAGACUUGAACAAGCUGAGUCCCAAUGACAGUGACACAGUCAGAGGCCAGAUAGUGGUGAGCCUGCAGUCUAGGGACCGGAUAGGCACAGGAGGCCCUGUGGUGGACUGCAGUCGCCUGUUUGACAAUGAUCUUCCAGAUGGCUGGGAGGAGAGGAGGACCGCGUCUGGACGAAUCCAGUACUUGAACCACAUCACACGCACCACACAGUGGGAGAGGCCUACCAGGCCUGCAUCAGAGUACUCCAGCCCUGGCCGGCCUCUCAGCUGCAUCGUGGAUGAGAACACGCCCAUCAGUACGAACGGGGCCACGCCCACCACGGCGUUGCCACCCAGUGACGGCGACCAGCGGGCCCAGGAGAGACGGGUCCGCUCGCAAAGGCACCGCAACUACAUGAGCAGAACCCACCUGCACACGCCCCCGGACCUGCCUGAGGGCUACGAGCAAAGGACCACACAGCAGGGCCAAGUGUACUUCCUCCACACUCAGACAGGUGUCAGCACGUGGCACGACCCCCGAGUACCCAGAGAUCUGAGCAAUGUGAACUGUGAGGAGCUGGGUCCUCUACCUCCAGGAUGGGAGAUAAGGAACACUGCCACCGGGAGGGUUUACUUUGUCGACCACAACAACCGCACCACGCAGUUCACAGACCCACGCCUCUCUGCCAACCUGCAUCUAGUCCUAAAUCCAAGCCCUAAUGGUUCUCGAGGAGGCAUCGAAAGUCAGAAUGUCAGUCGUCAGAACCAGUUGAAGGAUCAGGCCCAGCAGGCUCUGGUGUCCCCCGGUCAGCUCCCAGAGGAGGCCGAGUGCCUCACGGUGCCCAAGUACAAGAGAGACCUUGUUCAGAAGCUCAAGAUCCUCCGCCAGGAACUGUCUCAGCAGCAGCCUCAGGCCGGCCACUGCCGCAUUGAGGUGUCCCGUGAGGAGAUCUUUGAGGAAUCGUAUCGACAGGUGAUGAAGAUGAGGCCGAAGGACCUGUGGAAAAGGCUAAUGGUGAAGUUUAGAGGAGAAGAGGGGCUCGACUAUGGCGGAGUGGCCAGGGAGUGGCUUUAUCUGCUGUCGCAUGAGAUGCUGAACCCGUACUAUGGCCUGUUCCAGUACUCCCGCGAUGACAUCUACACACUGCAGAUAAACCCAGACUCUGCCGUCAACCCCGAGCACUUGUCAUACUUUCACUUCGUUGGCCGUAUCAUGGGGAUGGCAGUUUUCCAUGGCCACUACAUAGACGGAGGCUUUACUCUACCCUUCUACAAACAGCUGCUGGGUAAACCCAUCACCCUGGACGACAUGGAGUCUGUUGACCCCGACCUGCACAACAGUCUCGUCUGGAUUCUGGACAAUGACAUCACAGGUGUGCUGGACCACACCUUCUGCGUAGAACACAAUGCCUAUGGAGAGAUCAUCCAGCACGAGCUCAAGCCCAACGGUAAGAGCAUCCCCGUCACCCAGGACACCAAGAAGGAGUACGUCCGGCUCUACGUCAACUGGCGUUUCCUGAGAGGAAUAGAGGCCCAGUUCCUGGCUCUACAGAAGGGCUUCAAUGAGGUCAUCCCCCAACACCUGCUCAAGGCUUUUGACGAGAAGGAGCUGGAGCUGAUUGUAUGUGGGCUGGGUAAAAUCGACAUCAACGACUGGAAGUCCAACACGCGGCUCAAACACUGCACUCCGGACAGCAACAUUGUGAAAUGGUUCUGGAAAGCCGUGGAGUCGUUCGACGAGGAGCGCAGAGCGCGGCUGCUGCAGUUUGUCACUGGCUCCUCCAGAGUUCCUCUGCAGGGCUUCAAGGCCCUCCAAGGUGCCGCAGGCCCACGGCUCUUUACCAUCCACCAGAUUGAUGCCAGCACCAACAACCUGCCCAAAGCCCACACCUGUUUCAAUCGGAUUGACAUUCCUCCGUACGAGCACUACGACAAACUGUACGACAAGUUGCUCACUGCCAUCGAGGAGACGUGCGGCUUUGCUGUAGAGUGAGUCACUGACGAGGACAGAGCUCUGCAACA